CACACAGCCUCGGGUGAAGCAACUACAAACGACACAACUCGGCCGUCUUAUUUCUGAAUAUUAUUUUAAACCACCGAAGAAGCUGCCAUCCUUGGGGAGGAGUUGUCGCGAUGUGGAUACAAACAUUUCCUCGUCUGUCCUCAGGCAUGCUCGUCUUCGCCCUGAACAGGGCCGCAGGAGUUCGGACGGAGUUCCGCUGACGUUAGCCGAGCCCAGUUAGCAUUUAGUUAGCAGCCUCGCGAGGAGCUGAAGCUGUAUGUCUGCCCGGUGUCAACCCGGAUCGGCGGCCUCGGAGGAUGCAAGAUGUCCAGGGCGCCUUCUUCUACCACUCAAAUUCCAGGCAGGGAACCAAUGGAGGCCUCGAAGAUGAGAGACAGCUUUUGGUUAAGGAGCAAAAGUUAUGCAGAUCCCGAGCUCGCAAGUUCUCCCUGGAAACCAACCGGCGCAGGAGGGCUCUGGAGGAAAGGCAGAGGCAGCGGUACCUGCAGGAGCAACAGCUGACGGAGAACAUCCUGCUGCAACGCAGGCAGCUAGUACAGGAUGCAACGGAGCGCUUCCAAAGGGCCCACUUACCCCCCUCUCAGAGACGCAGGCAAUCUUUUAGAAGAAAUGUCCCAAAUAUCGAAGACGCGCUCAAUCAAAUUCAAGGCUCCUCGAGUUCAUUCACCGAGCAGUUCUCUUUCUUGUCUGGCAACUUUAAUAAUAGCAGAAGCUGCACUCCGGGUCCCCGCCAGUCGCUCUCUGCUGUGGAGGCCUACACCAAACUGCUCCAGGAGCAGAGCAGGACUUACUUCAAGAGCUGUCAACAAAGGGAAAAGACACAGGAGAAGCAACACAAUCUCAGUCCUCAGGACAGCCAACUGUCUGAUUGCAGCAAUUCUGAAAGCUUUUCCAGUAAGGACAGUUUAGAGAAUGAGGACAUCAGCAUAAAACAUCUACAGUAUUCCAAUUCACCGUUCGUGCUUGACUCAGAGAACCUCUGUCCAGACCCGAGACAGCAAAAUGAUUCGUGUUCAACAUCAGACCUAACUUCAUUCUCAUCCAUGAAGCUUCUUGCUGAUAAAUUGCAUGAACCUGAGCAAAAGAUACAUGCAAACUCAGAGGGGCCUGACGAUAAGGUGCAUGUAUCCCAAGCAUCUAAAACGCAGACUCUGCACGACUGCAACGUGUUCUCUCUUUGUGAGAUUGCUACUGCGGGCCCAGAACAGUUUGGGGUAAACGCACAAAACAGUCCCAGUAACGACGUCAUUGCAACAAACAGAGUUGCCCCUGGCAACAGAGCACUCGAUUCCUCAUGUCCUAGACAGGAGGCUCUGUUAGGACUCGGGCAGAACCGCGUCCUCGACGACAGACAAUUAAACCAUCCGUCAGCUACAGAAAUUCUUCUGCCUGCUCAAAAUGGCAACAGCAAGGACAUUUUGUGUGGGCCGCCCCCAACGCCCAGUAUUCUCUUGAACGAUAGCGCGACAGAUAAUGCAUCCCGAGAGGCAACUCUUACAGGAAAGGACAAUCACAAUCUGCUACCACAGAAAGAGCAGAGUGCUUCCAUAAACAACCUUAAUAAGGUUUCAAACUCACAGCCUCGAUCUGAAAAGCCUGUUAAUGCAGCAGCGCUGCAGCGCGAUUCUCUUACGGGCCUUCAGUGUCCUGAGGGGGAAGCUGAAAACGAGCCUGUUGCCGGGAGGACGUCUCAUUCUGUGCGAUUCAUUAAAGGAAUCCUCAAAAAGCCGCCCUGGUAUAUGCCAGGGGAGACCGCGCGGGUGGGUGCCCCAGGACCUUCUAUUUUUCCACAACGAGUAGCCUCAGCCAUCAGGGACAGCGUUGAAUUGACGAGGACAAAAAGUAAGGGAGUGGAAGGACCCACCGCCGUGAAGAAGAAGCUGCGUUGGUUUGAUGAGGAGCAUGUGGACGAAGAGCAGAACACAAUGAAACAGAUGAAAGGCGCAUCUUCCAAUCACUCUUACUCAAAUAACAACUCAAAGGACCACCAGCUAAGUCUCACUACAGUCUCAGGGGCUACGAAGCCCGUACCCGGCAUGACCCCUGCGGCCUCCACUGGUUAUCACUUUACAAAGCACGCGUGGGCAGAUGUUGGGGUUCAAGUCAGCUUGCCUCAAGAGCAAGCGGAGGAGGUCAAGGUGCCGCGCGGCGGCACCAGGACCGGUGGCCCCAAGGUCCCCCAGAGAGAGCGCUCGGCCCGAGCCGCAGGGGGUCCUGUUUCCUCGCGCAGCAGAAAGGGCACCGUCAUACGACCUCAGUCUGCCACCGAGGUGAGUCAGAUUGCCAAAACCCAGGGGAGGGUAAUGGCGCCCCGCCCACCCCCGAAGAUGGAAGGGGAAAGGAGGGCGAGCCUCGCCGAGGCACCAUAUGGCGUGCAGCGUUCCAGUGUCAACCGUAAACACGCUGAGGCUGAGCAGGAGGCCCAAGGAGCCCUGCAGAGGGACGGCUCGGGCGGCUUCUUCUCACCUCACCCACGUGACGUCGUGAGAACAGCUAGCGCUGUUAUGUACACACCGCUGUCUCCCUCGCGCACCCACUCCGCCUCAAAGGGCAAGACGAAGGGCCCGCCCAGCUCAGGCCGUCAGCAAAGUCAGGGCUGCGGCAGCAGAAGAAGAGGGAUGGUGUGCAACGACAAAGGCCUCUGUUUAGCUUGCACUCCCACGGAUGAGGAGAUCUCCCAGCUCUGGCACGGUGUACGCAGUGCCUUAGCCACCAAGGAGGCAAAAAACGUGCUUCAAAGACAGGCCCUGGACCUUGUUGUGAGGAAACUCUGCGUGGAGCAGAGCAGACCGCCUCCUGGCUCAGGGAACAGGAGGGUUCCUUCGCCCUCUCAGCCAAAGGGACAGACUAUACCAUUCGGACCAUUUUCCAGUACCUGCAACAUGGCCUGUCCAUAUGAAGGUUUGGAUAGUGCGGCCCAGUUACACCUGACCAGAGGUCAUUCUGGAGGCUUGCUGGAAGAAUCGGACAUCAUUGCUGCCAUGAAAACAGGCCGAACACAGAGGCCUGGCUCAGCGCAGCAGCAGCAGCGCAGCCAACAGGAGGGACUCACUGGAAUUGCCUUGGAAGAGCAGAACAUCCUCUUCUCUCUGGACAGACUGAACCAGCGACUUCACCGUGUGCGGGAACAUGUGGGGUCUAACUCUGGCUCGUGUGGUCUCGCACUUAACGAUGCACCCUAUACAAGGGAAGUGAAAGUCACAAACCAUCAGAAGCAUCGUGCAUCAAACAGCCGCUCUCGGUACCAGAAGAAUUCCUGACUCUCAGCAAGUGGUCCAGAGUUGGUCCUCUUUCCCGUCCGUGCAUUAUACAACAACGACUUUAUCGCCUAGUAAAAUAGGUCUAGUCCCCUUUGGAGCUAUGAACGCCCUAAUGGACAAUCUAAGAGAUCGGUAGCACUGAAUUGUGGAGGCGAUUAAAUCUCUCAGCAGAAUUGGACCAAACAUAAUUUUUAAGUUGCUGUUAAAAGUUAAGUUAAGUAUGUUUUUGCAAUCUGCCUUGAGAAGAUCACAUUGUUAUCAAAUAAAUAUUGGUUCCUUUAAAAAAUGAUACUGGCUUCCAUUAGUUUUUCAUGAUUCCAAAAUCACUUCUUACAAUUCUAUCAAAAAAUUGAUGGAAGCUAUUUUGGGAUGAAACUUGGCAGUGAACCAAAUAAAGCCGUUUGUUAACGUACUGAUUAUCUAACUGGGUGCAGUGUGGUAAGAAGUGUUUGAGAAGCAUGUGAUGCAUGGUCGAUAAAUGGGGAGAGGAAAUGGUUCAUAGGGAAACAUGUCGCAACGCUGAAGGUGUGUUUGUCUUUCUUUGAUGGCUGUAGAAGGGACGAUUAUAUCUUAUGCGGUUGACUCAACCUACUGGCUCAACAAGGUGAAACAUU